CAUUUGUAUGAAGUUGGUAUGAGGUGUUCCUAUUGCUAUGCUGUGGUUGUGUGGUGGCUGCUGUAAGUAUUAUAGAAGCCGGUGAAUCGUUCCACAAUGUGCGUGGGCCCGUUCCGAAGAGUGUGCCACUGGGGCCCUCUGACUGCUCUGGGCAUCAUCCAGUCCAUCACCUUGAUGUCAAUCCACUGUUUCUACCUGCUGUGGCCGGCCGAAUCUAAUUGGCUACCUGGGAGGAUCCAAUUUUGGAUAUUCUGUGGGUUCAGCUGUGCGACGCUGUAUGCGUUCCUGAAUGCACUGCUCGUUGGACCGGGAUUUGUACCGAAAGAAUGGAGACCGGAGGACAAAUCUGCCGAGUCGCUGCUACAGUUCUGCUCCUUCUGCCAGGGAUACAAGGCUCCGCGCGCUCACCACUGCAGGAAAUGUAACCGCUGCGUGAUGAAAAUGGACCACCACUGUCCGUGGAUUAACACCUGUGUGGGCCACAGAAAUCACGGCUAUUUCGCCUACUUUCUGCUGUUUGCUGUCCUCGGAUCGCUGCAGGGAGGAAUGACCAUGUCACUGGCGGUGUAUAGAGUGUUCACGGCGCUCUACUACCGCGUAUCGCUACUAGCGCCACCUAUAACGAUGAACGUCUACGCCCUGAUGGGCUGCCUGUUCUGCAUUGGUCUCUCCAUCGGAGUGGUGCUGGCGGUGGGGAUGCUCUUCGUUUAUCAGGCUCUGUCUAUCCUCCGUAACCGUACCGGAGUGGAAGACUGGAUUCUGGAGAAGGCCGUACACAGAAGGAGGGUAGCCUUCCAGAGACGGUGGACAGAACUCAUGGAUCGAGCUGAUCAGGGUGAGGACAUUUCCGAAGAGGAAGCCUCCCUCCGCCCAGAGUUCUUUUUCAACCCGUACGACCUCGGACGGAUGAGGAACUGGAGCUUGGUCAUGUCGCCGCUAGGGGCGCCACUGGGCGACGGGAUAGUGUGGCCCGUGAGAGCCGGGUGCCAUCAGUACACACUGACGGUGGAGCAGCUUGAACAGAAGGCAGAGAAGCGCUCCCGGAUGAGGGAGUACCUCAUCAUUGAGGACUUCUCCGGCUCGUGGGUGCCCAUCUCCAAAGGACUCCGAAUCUGCUGCCACCCUCCCUGCACCGACGAAGCUCGAAUCCCCCUCCGUAGAGGCGACUCCGUUCUCGUGUCUCGCUGGAGAACAUAUUGGCUAUACGGAGAACGGCGGCCUAGACCUACCGAAGGAGCAUGUGGGGCAGCUUUUACAAGCCAGAGUGCUAGCGGUGGAAGCAUUAGCGGCGGUAGAAGUGUAAGCAGAAGUGGAAGUGGAAACAUAAGUGGAAGUGGAAGUGGCCGUGGAUGUGGAAGUGGAAACAUAAGUGGAAGUGGAAGUGGAAACAUAAGUGGCGGUGGAAGUGGAGGUUUUAUGAGAAAUGUUGGAGGAGGACAGCAUCCAACAAGUCCAGCGGAUCGUCCCAGAGGCUGGUUCCCCCGGAGGUGUGCGGUUGAAGAGGUGGGAGGGGUGGUGGAAGGUGGGGAGGGGUGCGGGGGAGGCAGGGAGAAACAGGAGUAGAGGAAGAGAGGGAGGAGAGACAGUGGAGAGAUGUAGAAGGAAGUGGAGAGAGAAGAGCAGAGGAGGAGUAGGAGAGGGAGAGGAGAAGAGAAAAGGAGGAGAGGAAAGGAGAGGAGAGAGAAGAAAGAGGGAGAAGAGAACGACGUCAGGAUUGAAUGUCAGCACUCUAUGCCUCUUCGACUGGUAGCGACGCUGGUGGGUCACUACUAAAUCACUAGUUCAUAUACCGCUCACUAGGUGGCAGUGUAUGACGUCGCCCGUUACUGCCGACCACAGGCACAGUUGUGACCCGUCUUGGCCCGAGACUGGAGGUCGGGCUGGUUUUGCCGACGAAGCAGUUGUCCCAACUGCUCGGCCAGAGUUGCCAGGUGCUGCCAGUUAAAGUUGCCAGGCGUUUGCCCGGUUUGCCAGAUGCGUUUGCUGACGUGGGUGAUCUCUAUUUGAAGUCGUGUUUACCAAAGGGUGUGUCCUAUAUGGUGUGUCGUGGUAUGUAGCGAUGCGUUGCUCGAGUGAGACUUGCGACUUCAUUGCCAUGACAACUGGUGGUGAGUCUUGUGAUUUGACGGGUGACUUUACAACAAGAGUGGACCAGUGUUUGAAAUGUGUUCGACUUCUUAUUAUUUCAAGACACUACGAUUCAACUCAAAAUUAGCUCCAGUCUGACAAACGUAGGAAGGCACGGAUUUAAAGUACAGCUGUUAUCUAUUUACUUUCCUGGAUUUCUCUAUACGCCCAACAACUUUGUUAACAAAAUUUCAAACACAUCAGACUAUCUGCAGCGGCUAUUUCACGCGUUUAGUAUUCAAGGCGCUUUAACGCCGUUCUUUUCUUAUAUUUGCCAGGCUAAUCUCGGAUGUGUUUUCGGGUGUUGUUUGUGAGUUUUGAGUGGUUUCAUGAAUCAUUUUACUAUUGACACAAACAGCUGGCAUGUUUGUGUCAAUUCAAGGCGUGUUUGUGCAGUGUUUGUCUCCACGAAGUGACGUGUUUGUUUGUUGGUAUAUAAAUAGUAAUCGUCAUAGUGCCUUCAGUGUUUAGAUCAGGUUUCUGCCAUUCCAAUAUCGAUGUAGCAAUACUUGAUGUACGGUUGAUAAAUCGCUUUACUGAGAAUAGUAAUUGCUUUUGAAAACCAUCGCUCUAGUUAUAUACGACGUGUGGUUGUUGAAACGUUACGUUGAUCGUGGCUUCCUUUGGAAAUUUCGUUAUGUUCGUUAAUCAUUACCAAAUGUGUGACU